UGCUGCUAGCAGAAAAGUAGUGGAUUUCCAAGCUUUUGGAGCGCUGUAUUUUCUGCCUGUCUAUAUUUGGAUCUGUGUGCGUUUAACGGCAGUAAACACGGAUUGGCUGAAUCGUUAAUUAUAGAUAUUGCAGACUGGAUCUUUACAUAUGUAUACUAUCUCCAAUUGGAAUAAAUAAUUGAGGAAUGUGGAAAUUACAGAAUGCCCAACAGCGUUGGAAAGAGAUUUAAACCCACCAAAUACAUCCCAGUAUCCACUGCUGCCACUCUUCUUGUGGGAUCCACCACCUUAUUCUUCGUUUUUACGUGCCCCUGGUUGACCAAAGCGAUCUCCCCCGGUGUGCCUCUCUACAAUGGCGUCGUCUUCCUCUUUGUGCUGGCCAACUUCAGCAUGGCUACCUUCAUGGACCCUGGAGUCUUCCCCAGAGCGGAGGAGGACGAGGACAAGGACGAUGAUUUCCGGGCGCCUCUCUACAAGAACGUGGAGAUCAAGGGAAUUCAGGUCCGGAUGAAGUGGUGUGCCACCUGUCACUUCUACAGACCGCCCCGCUGCUCCCACUGCAGCGUGUGUGACAACUGCGUGGAGGACUUUGACCACCACUGCCCCUGGGUGAACAACUGCAUCGGACGCAGGAACUACCGUUACUUCUUCCUGUUCCUGCUGUCGCUAAGCAUCCACAUGGUCGGCGUGUUCUCCUUCGGCCUACUGUUCGUGCUGCACCACAUGGAGCGGCUGGGCACGCUGCAUACUACCAUCACUCUGGUGGUGAUGUGUAUAGCAGGGCUCUUCUUCAUUCCAGUCAUCGGCCUGACAGGCUUCCAUAUGGUCCUUGUCGCCAGAGGUCGCACCACUAACGAACAGGUGACGGGCAAGUUCCGCGGAGGAGUAAAUCCCUUCACGCAGGGUUGCUGUGGCAACAUCAAGUAUGUCUUGUGUGCUCCCUUGGUGCCCAGGUACACAGGUGUGGACCCCAGGAAGAAGCCCCCUGUCUCCAUCCAGCCCCCCUUCAUCAGACCAGACAUCUCUGACAGACAGAUCAGCAUCAAGGUCAGCGACAACGGGAUCCACACCAGUAUCCUCCGGUCUAAAUCCAAGAUCAGUCUGGAUGGCCUGGCCUUGGAUGAUAAAGGCCUAGACACCCAGCCACCGCUGCCCCCCAAAGCAGACCGCUACAACCAGCUGAAGAGCCAGCUGACAUCCAGCAAAGGCAAUUCCCUAACUGGCAAGACCCACCCCUCAACCCCGGCCAUGUACAAGUACCGGCCCUCGUUCGGCACCAUCCCUAAAGUCCACUACAACGCGGCAGGGGAGAAGAUUGUAAUGCCAGAUGACCACCGUAAGGCGUCAGCCAUCUUGGAGGAGGGCCGUUGCCACGUUGACUACCGCUCAGAGCCCAACCUGGACCUGCCUGACUACCACAAUGCCCCUCUUCACCGUACCUUCCAGUCCUCCCCACUGCAGCUGGACUCCUACCUCAUCAACUCCCGCUCCCUCAGCCUGAAGCAGGCCCACCAGCGCAGGGACAAGGGCCAGCUGCCUACCCUGCAGCCCGAGACCGCCACCUCCACCCCCUACAAGAGCGUCUUCUCCCCCAACACACUGUCCAACCGUAACGGCAGCCUCUCCUAUGACAGCCUGCUCAACCCCAGCAUUUCCCCAGCCACAGAGGCAGAGUGCAUGGCCCACCCCGGUAUGCCCUUUAUGGGCUUCCACACACCCUACCUGCCAACCAAAAUGUGCCAUGUGCGGGGGCCUGAACUGCAGAGCCAGAGGCAGCAGGUCCCCCCUAGCUUCAGCCCCAUGUUGGGCUCCAGGGGGAUAGGGAUGAGCAUGAGCAGGCAGUCCCCCCGGGACCCGUCCCCGGUGCGCUACGACAACCUCUCCAAAACCAUCAUGGCAUCCAUCCAGGAGCGUAAGGAGAUGGAGGAGAAGGAGAAGCUGCUGCUGCACCACGGGGGACACUCUCAGGCUCAGGCCUAUAAUCAGGCUCAGGACUCAGGCAUGUUUGACAGCCCUGGAGGGUACGGCUUGCCUCCUAGCGCCUGCUACCCAGACGGGUCCCGGGGCCCGAGCUCCAAAGGCCCCACACCCCCAGCCUAUGGAGGCUCCAGGGACAACCUGAUGGGGGUGGUGAGCUACGGGCCGCGGACCCCUGUGCUGCGCUCCUCUGGUGGCUCCUCUCUGGUACGUGCCCCCAGGACUUCCUCCAGCUCCUUGCACACAGACAGCAGCAUGCAGGGAGGAAGGGCCUCCGAGCCCUCCUACCGCUCCCCAGCCCAUCAGCCCCACCACUCCCCCGCCAUGCCCCAAUCCCCCUCCUACACCCACCAGAAACUCUCCUUUAUCCAUGCCCUAGAGAGGACAGACUCACCCCGCCUGGGUGGCCCAAGAGAGGCCAUGAUGCAAAGUAAAGUGAAUGGGCAAACGGACUGCCAUCUAGGGCCCAACAGCUCCAGUGCCCAGGGCAACCCCCUCAGCCCUAGCCGCCACAGUAAUGUCAAAAAGGUGACCGGGGUGGGUGGCACCACCUAUGAGAUAUCUGUGUGAGAGGGCUGGGGCCCGGGGCACCAAACCUUAAAGGAGAAGGCAGCAUUGUCAUGGCAACCACCUCCAAUGGUAACAACAUCCACGACCGCGCUAGAGAGGAUUCUCUUCUUCCUUUUACCGUUUUUAAUUCGAUAUUAACCAAUCAGGGGCGCAGAGCACUUCCUCAUUGGGAAUUAUUGUCCAAUCAGAGGACUUCUGCUCAUUCCGGGCCAGCCCCGGUCUCUGUGUGUCUGUACUGGAGGAGUGGAUAUUGAUCAGUGUGUGUUGUGGGAAAAGAGCAACGUCAACCUAAAGAGGGCUGAUGUUUGUACAGAGUGUUGUGUUGUUGAAUUCUGUGGCUUGUUGUGUUGGUUAUCACUGAACAGUCUGAAUCAGACAGACAGAUCUUAAAUGUAUUGUUUACGGCGUCUCUCAGUUGCGGUCUAUCUGAUGUUAUAAAUUGGGCGGAUCGAGCCCUGAAUGCUGAUUGGCUGAAAGCUGUGGUAUGUCAGACCAUAUACCACGGGUAUGACAAAACAUUUAUUUUUACUGUUCUAAUUACGUUGAUAACCAGUUUAUAAUAGCAAUAAGGCACCUUGGGGGUUUGUGGUAUAUGGCCAAUAUAUCACAGCUGAGGGUUGUAUCCUAGCACUCUGCGUUGCGUUGUGCAUACAAACAGCCCUUAGCCGUACCUCCCUUAGCCGUGGUAUAUUGGCCUUAUACCACACCCAACACGGGCCUUAUUGCUUAGUUAUGUGUCAUCAUCACACUCACUACACACUCAUUACACACCCACAGACCACAAGAUUUUAACAGCCAGACACACAAACUCAUACAAUUGAUGUCAUACAUCUUUGUUCAGUCACAUUCUUUAAAAUAGCAGUGGUAUGGAUAGCCAUCUCCAUACCAAUAAGUUAUGCGUAUAGCAGCACCCCAUUGGAUUCAAGCAUACAGCAUCCCUCUUAGGUAUUCAAAGUGCUUCACAUAUCCUGUCCAAAUGACCAUGUCUGUCUGGUCCAUCAACAACAUGUUGGCCAUUACUGAGUGGAACAGAGGGAAGAUUACAUUAAACCAGUGAGUUUUAGAUCAAUACCAUCUUUAAUAGGCUGACUGAUCUGAGCUAAAGACAACACAACGGUGCUGUGUGGCACUCAGAGCCACGGGUCUUGAAUGUCUCCUAAUCUACAUUUAUCCUCUGAGUUGUGAGGAGGUGUUUUAGGGCUUACAGUACAGGAGCAUAUUAAUCCAAACUCAAGCUGAGAUCCAGUAUUUACCUAUACAGUAUACCAUAAGCUACAGUCUGUACGUUAUCAGCAACAUACAGUGCCUUCGGAAAGUAUUCAGACACCUUGACUUUUUCCACAUUUUGUUACGUUACAGCCUUAUUCUAAAAUUGAUUAAAAUAAAUGUUUUCCCUCGUCAGUCUACACACAACACCCCAUAAUGACAAAGCGAAAAGAGGUUUAUAGAAAUGUUAGCAUAUUUAUAAAAAAUGUAAAACAGAUACCUUAUUUACAUAAGUAUUCAGACCCUUUGCUAUGAGACUCGAAAUUGAGCUCAAGUGCAUCCUGUUUCCAUUGAUCAUCCUUGAAAUGUUUCUACAACUUGAUUGGAAUCCACCUGUGGUAAAUUCAAUUGAUUGGACAUGAUUUGGAAAGGCACACAGCUGUCUAUAUAAGGUCCCACAGUUGACGGUGCAAACCAAAGCAAAAACCAAGCCAUGAGGUCAAAGGAAUUAUCCGAAGAGCUGCAAGACAGGAUUGUGUCGAGGCACAGAUCUGGGGAAGGGUACCAAAACAAUUCAGCUGAAUUGAAGGUCCCCAAGAGCACAAUGGCCUCCAUCAUUCUUAAGUGGAAGAAGUUUGGAACCACCUAGGCUCUUCAUAGGGCUGGCCGCCUGGCCAAACUGAGCAAUCGGGGGAGAAGGCCCUUGGUCAGAUAGGUGGCCAAAAAAACAAUGGUCACUCUGACAGAGCUCCAGAGUUCCUAUGUGGAAUUGGGAGAACCUUCCAGAAGGACAACCAUCUCUGCAGCACUCCACCAAUCAGAACUUUAUGGUAGAGUGGCCAAACAGAAGUCAAUCCUCAGUAAAAGGCACAUGGCAGUCCACUUGAAGUUUGCCAAAAGGCACCUAAAGAGUCUCAGACCAUGAGAAACAAGAUUAUCUGGUCUGAUGAAACCAAAAUUGAACUCUUUGGCCUAAAUGCCAAGCGUCACAUCUGGAGGAAACCUGGUACCAUUACUACGGUGAAGCAUAGUGGUGGCAGCAUCAUGCUGUGGGGACGUUUUUCAGCAGCAGGGACUGGGAUGCCAGUCAGGAUCGAGGGAAAGAUGAACGGAGCAAAGUACAGCGAGAUCCUUGAUAAAAACCUGCUCCAGAGGGCACAGGAUCUCAGACCGGGGUGAAGGUUCGUCUUCCAACAGGACAACGACCCUAAGUACACAACCAAGACAACGCAGCUUGAGAGGAUAUGCAGAGAAGAAUGGGAGAAACACCCCAAAUACAGGUGUGCCAAGCUUGUUCCAUCAUACCCAAGAAGACUGUCAAGAAGUCUAGGCUGUCUUCGCUGCCAAAGGUGCUUCAACAAAGUACUGAGUAAAGGGCCUGAAUACUUAUGGAGAUGUCAUAUUUUUUUAAAUAUUUUUUUUAUAAAUUAGCAAAAAAUUCUAAAAACCUGUUUUUGCUUUGUCGUUAUGGGGUAUUGUGUGUAGAUUGAUGAGGGAAAAAUACUUUCCCAAUGCACUGUAUAUGUAGUCCAAAACCCUAUCUAUUAGUUUAAAUGUUAUGUUAGAGUGACCCCCGACACAGACCAGUGCUAAGCACAUACACAAAAGCCUGUGCUACUGAGUGUUACAGUGGUGGCUGUUGUCUGUGAACAGUUCUGAAUACCAAGUCAAAACAGUCCUCUCCAUAUUCAGUACAAAUCCCACCAGCUUGGCAGUCAGCCAUGCACAGCCAAAACAUCUGACAGGCAAUUUAUUACUUUUGUGACUUAGUAGUUUUUUUUUGUAAAAAUAGGUCUACCCAUAAUAAGUUAUGUUAAUGUCAUGUAUAAUUGUGUUUUGUUCUGAUUCAAAUCAAGUGUGAAAAAACCUUGAAAAUCAAAGAAGUCUUCGGCUGUGUUAUAAAAUAAAGAAAACUCACCAUUGUUUUUCACAAUUAUUAUUAUUUUAUUUUUUAUAUAUAUAUACCCAACCUUUUGAAAAUGUUUGCAACAUCUUACUUUUUAUACAGAUGCUCAAGCUUGGAAUGGAUGUUUGUAUUUGAGUGGAUUUUUGUGUUGAUAAUUUAUAACUUAAGUGAAUAAUAAAUAACAUAAGGCAUACAGAGAA